UCCUUCCAUUUUCUCUCUCUUCUCGUCGUUGUUCCUCGUCGACGGUGAUCUCCCCGUGGAAACAACCAGCCAACGCUCGCCACCGUUCGUCGCUGCCUGUCUGAAAAGUCUUCCGGUCCUUCUCUUUCGAACCUCUUUGAUCAACCCAGAUCCCAAUCUUUGUCGUCCGAUCUGUAGCCCUAGCCACACAAGCCAUGGCUUCCUCGAAUUCGACUCUAGCGAUGUCCUUCUCCGACUUCCCGGAAGACGUUCAGAUCAAUAUCCUAUCUUUCCUCUCCCCCUCCGAGGUCUCCGCCUUCGCCUGCACCUCCCGCCGCUUCGCCGCCCUCUGCGGCGCCGCCGCCCCCAAUAGCCCCCUCUGGCUCGCCAUCUGCGAGCGCCGCUGGGGAUUCCGCACCCGGCCCCGAUCCUGGGUUUCGUCCUCCGCGUCCUUCGCUCGCCUCUACAAGGCGCUCGACCGAUGGGAGCACCUCAUCGGUUUCUGGCGCCGCAUUGGGCACGGCGGCCCCGGCACCCCGCACCUCGUGUUCUUCGAAUGGGGACCCUCCUACAUUGCCGGGUCCCGGGUCUCCCCCGCGCCCGACGCAGCCGGUGGUGGCUACGGCGUCCUCAAAGUGCCCUUCCUUUGGCUGGGCCUAUCGCAGCACGGCGAACUGGUCAGUUUCCUCCACCCCGGCGGUCGACUUGAUUCAUCCGCAGAUCUUUUAGGCUCGGUUUCGGAUUCCUCUAGUUCAUCCUCGGGCGUAGUAGAUCCUGACUUGGUUCCUGUCAGCGUGAGCUUCAUGGGCUGCAGCCAUUUCGUGGUGGAAGAGAACAGAAGCUACUACGCCGACGCUAGGGAAGUUGACUCCAUCGGGGUUCUGGAGGAGAUCGAGACAUCGUCGCCUCCGGACAGGUUGAUGUCGGAGAUUUAUCAGUACUUCGCAAUUCGGACGAGUCCUGGUGGUGAUAAGGCCAUGAGAAGGCCGAGGAAGAAGGAAAGGGAGCGCUUUGGGGGGCGGCACUUGUGGGAGGCAGAGCAUUUCGUCAAGAUCAACAACUACUAUCCCACACCAGAACGGCCAUUACAAGGCUUGUGGAAGGGGUUCUCUGAGGACAUGAUACUUGAAUUUUACCUCUUCUCCUACGAUGAUAUCGGUGGCAUUACAUGUCGGAGAGUGGGCGAAGCAGGGGAGCAAUUCUCCGGUUAUUCUCCUGUUUUCUGGACUUCCAACACCACAUUCCUUGAAUCUCCAUUUUCCAGCGACGAACAGGACCUAUAUGCAAACCGUGAGCAUAUAUGCCCUGUGAAUGCAGACGGGAGAAAAAGCAGCGACUCCAGUGGAGUCGUCUCGCGCAUUCUCUGUAUCAACUCUUCUUAUGACUUGGUAAUUCCUGGCUUAUCGGCCUCCUCCGGUGAUCCUAGAAAUGUGGAGGGUAGAAUAUGGGAAUACGACGAUGGAACUUUCGGCUUUGGAUUUCUUCGAAACAACUAUAUAAUCGACUUGAAGCAUAUUGCUGUGAAUGAGUUUCUCCUUGACAUAGUAGAGGAUUUAUAAUCCUUGUUUAAGUUACUUGUAUAAACUAUAGACUGAUCAUUUCUUUGUCCCGUGUGCUUAUUACCGAGUGUGAUAAUGUCAAUUGAACUUCUUUGAUGUUUAUAUAGGCCCAGUAGAAGCCCGUGCCCGUUUAAAUAGCUCAUUACAAGCCCAUUAGAUGCCCAUUAGAAGUGAGCGAAGGUCCAUUAGAAGCCCAUGGACACCACAAAGUGGUUUCUUUAAAUAGCAGCAGCUAUGUCCAAUCCGUAACCCUUGUGGGUCGGUGGCACUAUGGCUGAUGUCGGCGACGCAUCUCAGAUCACCAGCGGCGAGAAUGCUGGCGACCAGGGGAAGCCGUCGGAGACCUUGCCUCCUUCCGGCCUCUCAGGCUUCUCCCUCAGCAUCUGGCCUCCAUCGCAGCGGACGCGGGACGCCGUGGUCCAGCGCCUCGUUGAGACCCUCUCCUCCCCUUCCGUGCUCACCAAGCGCUACGGGAGCGUCCCGGUGGACGAGGCCGACUCCGUGGCGCGCCUCAUCGAGCAGGAGGCCUUCGACGCCGCGCACUCCGACGGCAUACGCGCUUCGGACGACGACGGGCUGGAGACGAUACAUAUUUACUCCAAGGAGAUUAGCAACCGGAUGAUCCAGAUGGUGAAAUCUAGGGCUUCAUCUGCCUCAUCCAUACCCCCCAUUCAGGACGCGGCUUUGGUGCGAACCGAGUCCCCUCCCACUGCUAAUGGCGCCGAGGACGAAGCUUCUUCAGCAGAACCGGUUGCUUCUUGAGUUCUUCCUUCGCUUUUCUCCCCUACCGGUAACUUUGCUUGGCCCGGCCUUGUUUAAAUCGUACCUUUUUGUUAUGAUAUUGGAAUACUGAGUGUUGAUCUCGAUGACCUGAGACUUGAUACUCCAAUUAUGUACUAUGAUGUCUUGAAGUUGAACCUUAUAAGGGUUUCUUCUGCUCUCAA